UUCUUUCCGAUCGACUCGACGAGGCGCGCAAGAAAGGAAUUCGGUUCCGAGAGAGGAGGGAGGAAAGCAAAAGUAAAAGAAAAAACUAAAGAAACACGUGGAAACAUGUCGAAUACGCCGCCGGAAGCGUCGACCGGUUUAGAUUCGAACGAUCUCCACCACGAGAUCAGGCAGAAUCACCUGGCGACUCGGUUGGAACUCGACGACUCCGAGAAACGCGAUCAGAUACGAGGAAGCGACGGCAACAACCCUGACAGCGAUUGCGAAAGCGACACCAGCGAGGUGUUGAGCGUCGGUAGCGAACCGACGCCCACGAGCGUCGUUGGAAUACGUGGUUGCGGCUCGGUCAGGUAUGACCAGGAAUCGGCGAGCAGCCGUGGCGGUGACUUUCGAGACGAGGAGAACACGAGGACAUCGGCCACGCCAUCGCCUUCUAGCUCAACGAGCUGCAACGACGCGUUCUAUCAGAGGACGACUAAUCACGUCUCGGCACCUAGUCCACCGGCUUACAGUCAACCACCUUCGUCGCCCACGGCGUCCUCGGUCAGGUCACCGGCUUCCUCCUCGGCCACCGCCUCCUCCCCGGGUCGGCCCGAGGCCAUUCAAGACGUCAUAGUGCCCAGGUAUCAGUCCAAUCAUCCGCCGCAUUUGUUACCGCGUUAUUCGUCGAGGGAGACCGAGAUCCCCGAUUAUCCGCCUCGAGUCCAGCACAGCCUGAGCCACGAGAUCGUUUACCCGACCGUGGAGAGGUUGCACAGGACCCCGAUCAGCGUUCCGCUGGUCACCAGGCUUUCGUUGUCGCCACCGUCGGCCAUGACGGUCACCGGUCUCCAGGCCACCACCCCUGUCCUCCAUCCAACCGCGUGCAGGGAUCCACGGGAAACGGCCUCGUUGAUGCCGCAUCCGGGCCAGCAACACUUGCACCACGCCAACAGCCACGUCCACCUUCAUCAGACGUCCCAGGUGCAACACGUACCCGCAAACUCGGUGCACCAGCACCGACUCUCGGUCAGCAAAAUCCUUCAGAGGGAGCCUGGCAGCCCUGCCUCGCCCGGCCCGAGGGAGGAGAACGGGAGAACGAUUCACGGUGGCGCGAACGGUGUUCAGAAUAAUGGGAUCAAUAACAGUAACCACCAUAAUAAUCACAACAACAACAACAACAACAACAACAACAACAAUCUGCAGCAUCAGGCCGGCUUGAAGUUCAGUAUAGACAACAUAUUGAAAGCGGACUUUGGCAGAAGGAUCACAGAUCCCAUUUCCUUGAAGAAGUCCCGGCCGAAGAAGGUCAGCUCGAGACCCAUCGACCUGACUAAGGACUUUCUAGAGUCGGCCACCGAGACCACCGAGAAAAGUAGCUCGGAAACUAGCUCGACGACCAACGCCACGUCCGUUACCACCGCCAAUCCUGCCUCCAACACGCCCGGACCACCUGUAACCGAUCCUGGAAAGCAGUUGCCUUGGCCUGCUUGGGUCUACUGCACCAGAUACUCGGAUCGACCUUCCUCCGGACGAAGAACGUACCGUGUUGCAGGUCCGCGCACGAGAAGGGUGAAGAGGUCGGAUGGCCGUGGCAAUGGCGGCACCCCCGAGGAGAAACGUCCGAGGACGGCAUUUAGCGGCGAACAACUGGCAAGGCUGAAGAGGGAGUUCGCGGAGAAUCGAUACCUGACCGAGCGAAGGAGGCAGCAGCUCUCGAGGGAUCUGGGCCUGAACGAGGCGCAAAUCAAGAUCUGGUUUCAGAACAAGAGGGCGAAGAUCAAGAAGGCCAGCGGGCAGAAGAAUCCGCUCGCCCUUCAGCUGAUGGCCCAGGGUCUUUACAAUCAUUCGACGGUCCCGUUGACGAAGGAGGAAGAGGAACAAGCGGCGGAACUUCAAGCGAAAUGACGGCAAUAGGAUCGAUCGAAUGAUUGAGUUUAGGGAUGGAGAUGGGGUAGAGAGAAACUCUUUCGUGAUCUCGUGAGAGGGGAUGGAACUUUCGACCGGUGGGGGAUGAAAAUGUGUCUCGAUAAUAGAAAAACUCGGGGUUUCCAAGGGGUGAAACGAAAGGGGUGAGAGAAUGAUUGUUAGUCUUAGAUAAUUUAAUAGGUUCCUCCUGUACAUUUUUUUUUUUUUUUUUUUUGCGAAGGAUCAUCAUUGAUUGUCCGUGACUCCAAAGAGAUCGACACGUUUUUCGUUUCAUUGAGAUUGAGCGAUAAAUUCUUUCUUUCGAUGAUUUUUCAGAAAUGUUAUGGAAAAUUUUAUCCACGAUGAAUAAAUAUAAUUCUUACAU